GCAGUGUGACGGCUUGUGCCGCUGUGAAAUACCACAGUAAUUUACUGUUUCCUGUGAGGACCAGUACGAUGUGUGGCAGGAAGCCGCCGCCUCUGGGCAUUCUCUCCUUUCAGGACCCCCAGCACAGGAGCGGCGACGCUAGACAAUAACAGAGCCUCUCGCGUCUCUGGGAACAUCCAUCAGCCUCGGCUCCGAAGCGACGGCUAACGUCAUCUCCGGACCUGGGACCGAAGAGUAGGUGACGCCCAGUCUAGGGCGGCUGUAGUGCCAUGGCGUGGGACCAGAGAGAGGCAUCACAAUGACAGGUGGGGGUAUAAGUCAAGGUGAAAACGGCAAAAAGUCAUCAAGCUGAAGUGGUCCGCACAUUCCAGGCGAAGCUAGUCUGACUGCUGCUCCUGGCCACCCCCACCCUGCCAUGUUGGGCUGGGCUGGGCUGUACUGCAGUGACCCCUGGAAGAGGCUCCGGUGACGGGGAAGGCGAGGAAGUGGUCAACGAGAAGGAAGUGUGGAGAUCAUUGAUAAACGGCAGCGCAGUCGGCCCCUGCGCAGAGCGCCCUCCGCACUCGUCCGAUCUGCACCAGUACAGAGAUCCCAAGAAGAGGCACCUCCAGCACGUGCGCCGAGGCGCCAGCUCACGCCGCUCGGCUCCUCAGCCAUGUACAACAGCAGCUACUCACAGGCCCGCUUUGGCCUGGAGCCCACGAAGCUCAACAAGUCCAAGGAGAAGAGCUGUGGCUAUUACAUGAGGAUCGUCUUCUUCUUCUCCUCACUCAUCCAGUCGCUCAUCAUCAUCAGCCUCGUGCUCUUCCUGGUGUACGGCCAGUCGCAGCAGUCGCCGGAGGAGAAGCGCGUGCAGGACCUGGCGCAGGCGUGUAGCGAGCUGCACAAGGAGAACCUGCUGCUGCAGCAGCACAAAGGACAGCUCAAGACGGAGCUGAACCGCACGCUGAGCGCCAAGGUGCUGGCCGAAGCCGAGCUGCUCAAGCUGCGCCUCAUGGCCAACAUGUCCUACCACAACUUUCAGCACAUCGGGAAGCGACUGUCAAUCUGCGAACAGGAGAAGAUGUCAUUGAGCCGCCGCCUGCCGACAGGGUCGUGUCCUGGUCCGAACCUCCUGCCCUCUGCGGACAUGAAGAGCCUCCAGGAGCGGAACAGGCACCUGGAAGGUCUCCUCACUCUAGUCAACAGCAACUUUACGCAAAUGGUGGGCCAGCUCAGGGCGGAACUGGGCGACGUGACCAAGGAGCGCAAUGAGCACCGUCUGUCCAACAUCAACCUGAACCAGCAGAAGGCCUCAUUGGAGAAGGAGCUGGAAAUUUACAGCGAGAAAUGCAAGGGGGACUUUGUGAGCUCGCUGCAGGGCAUCAACACAGUGACCAAAGCUUUCCUCAACAAGAUCGAGUCCUUUUUCACCACCGGCACUAUUUUCCACAUCUCCUGCCUAGCGCAGAAACAGUACUUGGAGCAGAUCCACAGCAACUGCACAAGUCUGUCCCACGAGGUAGAGACCAAGUUCCAGCAUUACCUGAACCAGGUGGGCACCACCAUCUCCGACAUCCAGAGCAAGAGCAGCAAGCUGAUGGUGCAGAACUCGCGCCUCGAGGAGGACCUCAAGUGGUGCCGCCUCAACAGCUCGGCUGCCGCCACAGAGAGCCGCCGCAGCACGCAGGACCUUCGGGAGAAGCACGACAAGGAGACGGAGCGGCUACUCAAGAACCAGCGGAGCCUGUAUGAGACCAAGGAGCUGCUGGAGCAGCAGCUGAAGGUGAAAAAUGGAGAGAUUGCCCUCCUCUCGAACCAGGUCCACUUGCUCAACACAACCCUGGCGCAGUGCAUUCCCAGGCAGUUGCCAGUGAAGCCCCAGCCCUACGUACCAAGCACGUUCCUGAAGCCGGGGAACGUGCCGUUCGCAGUGCCGGGACCAGGGACAGCAACCGCCGGGGUCAAUACCAUGGGACCGGCGACCGGAACAGGGGGCAGCGCACAGGGACUGGGGGCGCCGUGGGUGAACAUGCUGGUGGGGGCAACAGCGAGAACAGGAGCCAACGGAGUCCCGGUGCCCGAUCAGCAAGCCGCGCUCCACAGACACCUGAAGGAGCUGCAGAAGUACGCGAGCACGGGCUCCGAAGUUUCCGGGUGAUUCUGGGAACCUUAUGGAGGAGGGCCGGUGGGGAGAAGGGCAAAAGGACUUGCGUCGCCUGCAACGAGCACCUGGUCGCUCAUCGCCACGUAUUCAGCAUUCACCUGUGGCCGUGCCAAGCUUCAAACUCUUUUGUGUGUCUCCCCCGCCGCCGUAAUUAACCAGCGCAAAGUUCACCGUGUGGCAUAAACACCUAUAUUCUUCUAUCUAUUUCUCGCAGCUACAGCUACUGUGUUUUGUGAACUUACGUACAACACAGAGCACUUUGUUUACCCUUGCAGGGCUGCUGUGUUUCACUUCUUGAUUAUCAAAUCUUUUGCAGGCAAAUUUACAUGAUGUACAUAAUAAGUAAAGUCCUUUAUGCUUCCAA